AAAUAAGGCAGCAGCAGAAGGAAAAGUAUGAGUGCUUUACAUUUCAGGUUAACUCUCCCAAACCAAACCCAAGUGUCAUCCAAUCCAAAUACCAAAAUAAAAUGAUAUGACAAAGGCACAGAGGAACCUCCAACUUCCAGGAACGCGUCAAUGGCGGCGGCAGCAGCAGCAUCACAGUGCAUCUUCUGCCAGAUCGCCAGCAAAUCCACCUCUACCACUCUCCUCCACACUGAUGACAAGGUCGUUGCUUUUCAAGACAUCCGCCCGGCUGCCGUAAGGCAUUACUUGGUUAUUCCUGUGGAUCACAUUCCAACUGUUAAGGAUCUUCAAAGGAGACCUGAAGACUACUCUUUGGUAAAUCACAUGUUAGAAGUGGGGAAAACGCUAAUUCAACGAGAUGCACCUCAAUGCCAUCAGUACAGAUUUGGCUUUCAUCAACCUCCAUGCAACUCUGUUAACCAUCUUCACCUCCAUUGUUUUGCACUGCCAUACACACCCAGAUGGAAGUGUAUGAAAUAUAUAGCCAUGGGACCAUUUGGAUUUCUUGAGGCUGAAAAGUUGUUGGGGAAGAUAAAGCCUUUGCCACAAGUUAUCUCUAAAGUUUGAAAAUUGCGCGAUAAUUAGCAGUUAAACAUGAUUGAAUUGGGUUUCCCUAAUAAGUGGGUUGUAACACCAUAAAAAAGAGAGUAUAUAUACUAUGUUUAAACCUUGUAAUGAAUCAUGUAUCUUGGUUGUGCUUACUUUAAUAAUCUGCAUUGCUUCAAAUCA